UGUCCAACGUAUUCUGCAAUGUCCUUCACGAAUGAAGCCCAAAGCUGAAGCCUUCUCAUGAUUCCUCACCAAAUAUGACUCCCACCGCGCCAAGUCCAUCCACCGCAUACAGCCUAGCUUACUCUUACAAAGACGCAUUACCGCUACCAUUUCGUCAUACCUCAUCUCUCCCCCAGCACACCCACCGUCUCCCACCCCACCCCACCGCACGCGAUGAUACUCCGACACUUCCUACGGCGCUCGUUCAACUCCAGCAGUACCUCACCCACGAUCACCAACCUCUCCGCCACGAGAUCACUCCUGCACCUGCACGGCCCCGACGCCGCGAAGUUCCUACAGGGCAUAACCACCUCGCAACUCCUGACGCCUCCACCCACCGGUGCAGUCUACAGCGGGCUCCUGACCGCACAAGGGCGGGUGCUAUUUGACACGUUCAUCUACCCAGCGAACACCUCUGCCGCGUGGCGCGCAAGCCUAUCACAGAAUGAGGACCCGCAGGAUCCUGCAUUCUUCAUCGAGGCGGAUGCGGCAGAGGUGCUGAAGCUCAAGGCGCACCUGCGACGGUACAAGCUGCGGAGCAAGGUUGCCAUCCGCGAGGUCGAGGACUGGGGUGCCUGGAGUGUGUGGGACGGCUCCGCCGCCGCCGGGGAUCUGGGCGGUGUUGAUCCGCGCGCGCCCGGCUUCGGCGCGAGGGUGGUGCUGCCGGCCGGCGCAAGGCCGCAGGGGGAGGAGGUCGGCGCCACGGAGUAUAUGCUCAGGCGAAUCAUGUACGGAGUUGCCGAGGGCGCGAGGGAGAUUGUCCCCGGCACCGCGCUGCCGCUGGAGAGUAAUAUGGAUCUGGCCCAUGGCGUGGAUUUCCGCAAAGGUUGCUAUGUCGGCCAGGAGCUUACGAUACGCACGAAGCACACGGGUAUCGUAAGGAAGCGCAUACUGCCGGUGGCGCUGUACGCUGCUAGUGAGGCGCCGCCAACGACAUUGGAGUAUACAGGAGGCGCGCCGCAACCGGAAGUGGGCGCGGAUAUUCGAAAUAUUGGAGGGCGCAGGGGGAGGCCCGUCGGGAAGUGGUUGGAUGGGCUUGGGAAUGUCGGCUUUGCGCUGUGUCGGUUGGAGCCUAUGGCGGGGGUUGUGCUGGAGGACGGUGUAAAAAUCGAGGGCGAGCAUGCGGAGAGCGAGGAGGUGGGCGAGUUUAGGGUCGGUGAGGAAGGGGAGAGCGAGAUAAGGGUCAAGGCUUUUGUCCCGGCUUGGAUGGGGCUUCAGACGCGGUGAUGCCUUUUAAAAAUGGAGGAGGAGGAGGAGGAGGAGGAGGAAUCAUGGUUUUGUGUACCAGUUACCCAUUCUAUGACGCUACUAGUAAUCAUGGAAUAAAUCAUGUUGCAUCACUCGGUUAGCGAGUGAUUGUCAGUGACAAAAAGCCAG